UUGUAGAAAAAAUGUGGUUAGUAUUUUCUCUGACCGCCUAUAUCGUUAUUACAAUGGUGCAUACAGCUAAUGCAUUCCUCGAACAAAGCGUACGCGUCAGAGGACGACUUCUGUGCGGUUCCCAGCCAGCUUCCAGUAUACUGGUGAAAUUGGUCGAUAAAGAUAAUGGUCCGAACCCGGAUGAUUUAAUGGAUUCCUGUUAUACGGAUAGUGGUGGUAAAUUUGAUUUACAGGGCAAUUCAUAUGAAUUAUCGACGAUUGACCCUGAAGUGCGGAUUUAUCACGACUGCAAUGAUUACGGAAGGGUAUGUGUCAUUCACUUUCUUUUAAAAUAG